CGUAAUGGCGGGCAACGUGCUCCGUAUAAAGUAAACCGAAGAAGAAAACAAGUUUAAUCUUGGAAAUUGAGAUGUUUCCCCAACAAAACCAGCAGAAUAAGCCUGGAGGUAUAUUUGGAGCUCCUCAGCCUGCACAAAGUACGGGAGGAUUCAAUUUUGGGGCACCCGCAGGAACUACUCCUGCUUCGGGUUCAACUGCUUCGUCUGGCGGGUUCACCUUCGCUGCUCCAACGCAACAAUCAGGAUUUCAGUUUGGCUCAACUACUACACCAUCAGCUACAAAAGCUGGCACCACAGGGGGCCUUACUUUUGGGGUGACACCUGGGGGCACAGGAGGUCUAACACUGGGUUCAACACCUGCUCCUCAGACAGGGGGAUUCACUUUUGUUGCAAGACCAAGUAGUGGUUUUCAGUUUGGUACACCAACAACAACUGCAGCAACUGCCCAACAAUCUGGAGGGUUUGCAUUUAAUGCUGCUUCAACAACUGGAAUUUCCUUUGGUAUACCUGCCACAUCUUCUGGUCAAGCAACUGGAGGUGGUCUUGGGUUAGGAGGAGCAGGUUCCGGGUUUUCAUUCAGCAGCUCUGCACCAGCAGCCACCUCCACAGCAGGGGGCUUCUCACUGGGCAUCACAUCCACUGCUCCUUCCUUUUCAUUCACUGGGGGUCUCGCCUUUAGCAAACCAGCUACCACAAGCACAGGGUUCAGCCUUGGUCAGACCUCAAGCUCAACAUUUGCUGGUCAACAAAGUGGCCCUCAACAAAGUGGCCCGCAACAAAGUGGCACUCAACAAAGUGGACUGGUGACAGNGGAUAAGCUUACUAAUGUAAAUAUUUCUAUUCCAAAACUGGGAAUAAAUUCUUUUGUUCUGGAACAAUUGGCUUCAGCACCUGGAACCAUAGCUAGCACUGCAAGUAGCUCCUCUGCGGCUGGAGCAGGAGCUCCUAGCAAUGUGCCACAGCUGACUUACAAACAGCUUGAAGAACUUAUUAACAAGUGGGCUUUGGAACUAGCAGACUAUGAAAAAACAUUUCUGGAUCAAGCAGCACAAGUGAAUUCAUGGGAUAGGCUUCUCAUGGAAAAUGGUGAAAAGAUCACUGAGCUGAAUGCUGGUGUGGACAAUGUGAAAGCAGAACAAAAAAGACUAGAUCAAGAGUUGGACUUUAUUAUGGCCCAACAACAAGAACUGGAGGAAAUGUUGAAGCCACUGGAAGGUGCAGUGAGUUCUAGCAACAGAGGAGGCAGGCAGCUUCAGCAGGCUGAUAAGGAGAGGGACUUUACGUACAAAUUGGCUAAAGAUGUUGAUGGACAGUUAAAGCAAAUGGUGUAGGAUCUCAAAGCAAUCAUUGAACAUCUUAACACUGCAAAUACUCAGCAACAAGACUCAGAUGACCCUAUUGCACAGAUUGCCAAGAUAUUAAAUGCACACAUGAAUUCACUACAGUGGAUAGAUCAAAAUUCAGGAAUCCUUCAGAGAAAGGUUGAAGAGAUUUCUCGCCUCAGUGAAACAAGAAGAAAAGAACAGGAAAGAAACUUCAGAUUGGCAUUUGAGUGAUAAUUUUUCCACUCUUUCAAUACAAGUUGUACGGCACAUCACAGCUACCGUAGUGUAUAGUGUUAAACACGGCACACCUGCAAGCAUAAUCGAUCAUUUUGUGAGAGGGAAUAAUGAGCUGAGAACGUGUGAGAAGAAAGAUUGAUGACUUUCUUGUCUUGCAGCUCUGCCUCCUGGUUUAACAGUUUUCCUUUCUAUAAUUAUCUAUUUCAAAUAUUCCUAAAAUCGUAAGCUAGGCAAGCAUGAUAGAAGAGCUGUAAUAUGGUGUUGGUGUGCAAACAAGUCUGUAAAUCCCAAGUCAUGUUUAAAGUACUCUUUUUUUCAAAAAAGAUUAAACAAUCAAGUUUGUUGUUUCCUUUGAAA